AUGCCUGUUUAUGAGUAUGUUGUUGAGUUACUCGUCCAAAAACUCAAUGACCCAAUCGUUCAGAAAGCUAGUUUCUUUCACAGGGUGGGAGAUGAGGUCCGAUAUAUCCAAGAUGAACUUGAGAUGAUUCGACGCUCCUUACCUGAUGCAUAUGAGAAACAAGGAAGAGAUGAGAGAGUGAAGCUUUGGAUGCAAGACGUGACAGAUGCCGUAUAUGAUCUGGAGGACAUCAUAGACAGAAUGGUCUCCAAAACAGCACCCCAUAGGCAAGGAGGAUUCAUGGGCUCCCUCAACAGGUGUGCUUUAACCUUCAAUAAGUUAAUUGUUCGACGUAAGGUGGCCUUGGAGAUUGAACGGAUAAUGAUUAAAAUCCGUUCAAUCUCCGACGCAAGUUCAGCCUACGGCAUUCAAUGCACAAACUGGGCAGAAGGGACGAGCACUGCCGGCCAAAACCUCAGAGCUCAUCUCAUUGUAGAACCCGAUAUAGCUGGUUCCGACCGAGAAUCGUAUACAUUGGCUGGAUAUCUGACGGAAGACUGGCUUGAGCUCUGUGUUGUUAUUUUGUUAGGAGAGCUGGGUCAUGGUAAAACCACUCUCGCCAGGAGACUCUAUAACGAAUACAGGGAGAAGAAAUUUUUAAAUUCUCGCACUUGGGUUUUUGUUUCACACGAUUAUGAUCUUAAAACUCUUUUGCUGGAAAUCAUAAACUGUGGUAUGGUGCAAUCUGACGUGGAACUCAAGGCGAUGAUGGAAAAGGACAUCGUUGAGCUGACAGAGCACAUUUUCAAUUAUCUGGAAGAUAAAAGAUACCUGAUGGUUUUCGAUGAGAUAUGGGAAAACAAAGCAUGGGAUGAUUUGAAGAAUGCGUUCCCGGAUAAGAAGGAUGGGAGUAGGGUCCUGUUCGUCACACGCAACAGCGACUUAUCUUCACAUCUUCUCACAGUAAGCUGGACCCAUGAAUUAUCCUCUUUAAGUAAUGCAGAUAAGUGGGAAUUAUUUUCGAAGAAAGCAUCAACCCAGAAGCAAGAUAUACCCAAAUCCUUUAAAUUGUUUCUCCAGAACAGCCCACCUCUCGCAAUCGUUGUCAUCGGAGGGCUAUUAUCAAGGAAAGAACGAAAUGAGUGGGAGAAUAUACUCGAAAGCAUCCAGAGCCUCAAUGAAGUAAUAUCUUUGGGCUAUAAAGAUUUGCCCUAUUACUUGAAACCAUGUUUUCUUUACUUGGGCAUUUUUCCAGAAAAUUAUGAGUUCCACCCUAAAAAACUGAUUCAAUGCUGGGUCGCCGAAGGGUUCCUACAACAGAGAGGAAACCACAAAACACCAGAGGAAUUGGGAGAAGAGUUUCUGUUAGAGCUAAUUCAACGAGGAAUGAUCCAAGUUGCAGAAAGAAGCGCAAGCGGGUGUAUCAAAAGAUGCUGCAUCUCUUUUCUAGUGCGCAAUCUCUCCAAUUCAGAGGCUGAGGAAGAGAAUUUUCUCGACGUGUUUCAUGAGCACUCACGUCCCAGGCAGACAGCUACUCAGCAUUGA